GAAGGUUGGGUACAUUAGAAUAUCUUAAAUAUGAUCCAUAAGGAACACUAUAAAAACUAAUCCAUAAGUAAAUAUGAUAUAUGUUCAUAAUGAACCUUUUACAUCUGCACUUUUUACAUAUUUACUUACCAUGUCAUUAUUAAAGCUGCUAUACCCAAUUUGCAAAAACAAGUUAGCUUAACAUAUUUUUUUUUCAUGUUCAUAACAACAUUUUAACAAAGCAUAGCUAUAAAUGUUGUUUGGAGAUUAAAGAAAAAAAAAUGAAGUGGUUCUGUUGCAUUUGUCUAAAACCAUCAGCCAAUAACAUGGCUCAGUCCAGAAAAACGAUAGAACAGUCUUUCCUGACUCCUUAAAUUCUACAUUAACAUGGCUCCACCACACUAUGCACUGGCCUGUUUAGCAGCAAAGCACACCAGGGGGUGUGGCCUAUGGAUAAUAUCCAAUGGGAGGGGGGAGCCUUCUUGACCGUGUUUAUGCUUCCAUCUAGCCUGUUUUUUUAAAUUGGGGAAAGCGGCUUUAACUACCUUUCUUUUAUUAACUUAAUUUUUCUCUGUCUAGUUUGCUACCAGUCCUGGCACAAAAGAUGUUAUGUUAGCCACAAGGUGAACCUCACUGAACCUCUUCCAGAGGUAAGUGUUUUUGCAGAAUUCUUCUCAGUAAAAUAUGUAAGGUAAACAAAGUCUUACUUUGUGUUUUUGAUUGUUAUUAGGUCUUUAGUGAAGAUAGUUCAAGUGAGGGGGCUUCAUCAGAAGAGGAAUAUGUGCCAGAUUCUAUAGCUGACUCAGACAGCUCAUGGGACAACAAAUCAGAGCCUUUAAAUAUAAGUUGCAAACAAGUACAGAACUCUGAGAUCUCCAGCAGUCAAUCUGCUUGCAAAACGAAAAGACCUCGCCUAGAAAGUUUUUUAGAGAGCGUAGGACAAAGAAUUUCAGAAGAUGCCGAAUCAAUAUCUGAAGAUGGAAUUGGCACAAGACAGCUCGACAUAUCAGGGGUUAUUGCCACAGCAGAAAAGUCUGAUGCUGAAGGCAUUGUUGAUGACUCUAAUACUACGGCUGAAGAUUCCUUAAAAACAUCCUCCUCACUAAGAAACAAAACAUACUGCUACAUUUGUGGAAAACUACAGACAAAGUUUACACGUCAUUUAAAAACUCAUGAGAAAUCACAUGCAGAUGUUGCUCGAGUUUUAAGUCUUCCCAAGAAGUCCAAAGACCGUUUGAAAAUGCUUUCUAAGCUGCGAAACAAAGGAAACCACAGACAUAACUCGGAGGUCAUCGCAAGUGGGAUUGGAUCAUUAAAAACCAGACGCACAUCAAAAAAACCCUACAAAGGAAAAGACUAUAUUCACUGCAUUUAUUGCGAGGCAUUAUAUCUUAAAAGAGAUCUUUGGAGACAUGUUCGUAAAUGUUCUUCAAAACCAGUGGAGGCCAAUUCAGAGGGGGGACGAAAAAAGGUCUUGUCCCUGGCCUGUAUGAGUGAGUCAGCUCUGUGUCAGCAAGUUUCCCCCGGUGUUUGGAAGAUAUUAGCUGUCAUGAAAGAUGAUGAAAUAACUUCUACUGUGCGAAGUGACUUCUCUAUUCUUCAGCUUGCUCAAUCAUUCUUUAACAAACAUGGGAAAGAUCCCACCAAAUUUGACUACAUUCGCCAGACACUCCGAGAAUGUGGAAGACUUCUGCUCACACUUCGGAAAGAAUGCUCAAUACACACUUUUGAGGAUGCUGUAAGACCUGCAAAUUUCAAUGUGGUUAUCAAAGCUGUUAAGAAGGUGUGUGGGUAUGAUGAAGAAAAGAACUGCUACUCGACUCCAAGCCUUGCUUUAAAGUUGGGACACUCACUGCAGAAAGUCUGUGAUAUUAUACAUUGCAGAGCACUGAUGGCAGAAGACAGUGCACUGAUAAAGUCAACCCAGAGUUUCAAAACCCUUUAUGCUACAAAGUGGUCAGAACUCAUCUCCCAUACUGCAUUAACCACACUAAACGAGCGGCACUUCAACAAGCCUUCCACACUUCCUUUCACAGAAGAUGUUCAGCGUCUUCAUAGACAUCUGGAGAAGACUACAGAACAAGCACUGAAGGACUUGGAAGAGCAUAGUUCACCAAAAUCAUACAGUGAACUUUGUAAAGCUACCAUGGCAAAUGUAAUACUAUUUAACAGGAGAAGAGGGGGAGAAAUUUCAAAGAUGACACUGAAUGGCUUCCAGGAGAGAGACACUAGUACCCUGCACAAGGAUGUUGCAAUUGGACUGACAAAAUUUGAACUUUACCUUUGUCAACACUUCAGUCGUGUAGAAUUGAGGGGUAAACGAGGACGCAAGGUUGCAGUGCUACUUUCACCAGACAUGGUGAAUGCCAUAACACGGCUGACAGAGAAAAGACAAGACUGUGGUGUUCUGGCAGAAAACAUAUUCCUGUUUGCCAGACCUCAUUGUCUGACUCCCUACAGAGGACAGGACUGUUUGAGGAUUUAUGCAACUGAAUGUGGGGCUGAAAACCCCGAACACCUACGUUCAACGCAGUUGCGCAAACAUGUCGCAACUUUGUCUCAGAUCUUAAACCUCAAGAAUCACGAGUUAGACCAAGUUGCCAACUUCCUAGGUCAUGAUAUUCGUGUUCAUCGCGAAUAUUAUAGACUUCCAGAGGCUACUACCCAGCUUGCCAAAAUAUCCAAACUACUGAUUGCCAUGGAGAAAGGGUCUCUCAAAAGCCUUCAAGGCAAAACACUUGGAGAGAUUGAAAUCGAAGAUAACCUACAGUUGACAGAUUCAAGUGAAGAAAGUGAGGUCGGAGCGGAGCGUGAGGAGGUCGGAGCGGAGCGUGAGGAGGUCGGAGCGGAGCGUGAGGAGGUCGGAGCGGAGCGUGAGGAGGUCGGAGCGGAGCGUGAGGAGGUCGGAGCGGAGCGUGAGGAGGUCGGAGCGGAGCGUGAGGAGGUCGGAGCGGAGCGUGAGGAGGUCGGAGCGGAGCGUGAGGUCAAUGAAGGAAAUCUUGUAUAUCCACAGAUUGAUUCUAUAGAUACUAGAAUGAUGAAGAAAGUUGUCAAGGAACCUCCAGGUAUGUGUUUGUCAUCAUUUAUUGAAGCUUUUACCUUUGUAACUACUUCCUAGACACUUUUGCUAUCUUUGCUAUCUUUAUGUAAAAAAAAAAAAAAAAGAUAAUUCAUUACUAUCAUUUUUCCAGUGAUUGUUACCUUUGUCCAAAUGGUAAUUUAAAGAAAGUCAAGGAUCUUUCUAAAGACCAGCUCAACAGAAUAGAAAGGUCAGUUUUGGAGGAUGGUCAGGUAGGAAAUGCUAGUUUGAACAGGUGAUUUUGAGCUGUGAUUUAAAGUUCUAGAGAGAAUCUAAUGAGCAGAGGAAGUUCCAGAGGGUGCAAUUAGCAGUGGCAAAGGAUUGUACCCUCAGAUUUAUGAUUUUGAUGAUGGGGGUAAGGAGGUUAGUGUUAGCAGUGUUGUGGGAGAGUGACAGUAAAGACAAUCCCUCAGGGUGGCGGGGGCGAGGUUGUUGAAGGCUUAAAAGUUGAUUAGGAGUUUGCACUCAAUACUAUAGUCAGUGUGCAGCCAGUAAUGUUCUUUUUAGGAUGUGGUGAUAUAGUCUCUAGAUAUGUCCCCUUUUGCAUAAAAGGGGACAUAUUAUGCAAAACCCACUUUUUUUUGUUGCUUUUGUAUGUAUAUUUGGUUAUGAAUUGCCUCCCGACUCCUUAAGUGUAGGUUUUCAACAACUAAAAAAGGAGCUCUUUUAGGUCCCAGGUAGUGUAUUUUGCACAAUCCAGCAUAAUCACAGCCUCAGCACCUGUCCUCGUGGACAAUGCAAAGGCCGUCUUUGGGCUGUGUAGACUAAACACUAACUGUUCUUAGCAGGGCUGUAAAACUAGUGUGUGCAGAACUCAAUUCUUCGGCUUAUUUGAAGGAAGCCGAUUAUCGCCAUUAUAUUUUUGCAUCCUACAACCAUGUCAACUCACACAAUUGAGCAUAAUACGUCCUCUUUAAUUUAAAAAUUGUUUAAAAAGUAGUUUGUUUACAUUUAUUUUUUUCUGCUUCUAGCUUCUCUGGAAAAUGCAAGGAGGGUCAAAAAGCAUCCUUGGUCUCCCACGGAGGUUGCUGCGAUAAUGAAGUAUUUUGGCGAACAUAUCAAAAAAGGAAAACUGGCCACUAUUAUCGAAUGCCAGCAAUGCAAAACUGCAGAAGAUCCUGCUCUGGCUGGUCGUUCUAUUCAAAACAUCAGAGAUUUUGUGAGGAAUCGGGGCGUGUUGUUGAAGAAAAAAGAAAAUCCUAUGUAGAGGAGUCUACAUAACUCCAAAGUACUUCUUGGAGGAGUUACAAAAGAUAUUUUGUAUGUUUUGGUUUCUCAUUUAUUUAUUUUAGAAUUUUACUAUUAGAAGAUUGGUAAAUUCAUUUUGUUGACACUGUUUUAGUGCAUCUGAUCUAAGAGGACAUAUAAUUUUAUAUUGCCAGUUAUUUUCAUUUCUGUUAACAAAACAAUCCUGUUUUUGUAAAAUGCACUCAAUUUGUUCCUUUUAUUCACCUGUUGCCCUUUUAAUACACACAAAAUACAUGUUUGUGUAUGUGUAUGGCCUUUGUCCUGUUAAUAAAGUUAGCCCUGACAAUUACUGUUCAUGUCAGGGGGAGGAGCCAAGUUACCUAA